UCGAGCAGCCACUUCACACAGGCAAGCAAGUGGUAGAGGUUGAGCCAUGGCAGCUCCGAGAGCAGUCGUCCUCUGCGUCCUGCUGGCGGUCGCCGUCGCCAACGCCGAGGCGGCGUCGGUCAUCGUCGGCCUGGCCAAGUGCGCCGACUGCACCAGGAAGAGCAUGAAGUCCGAGGAAGCCUUCAAGGCUCUGCAGGUGGCGAUCAAGUGCAAGAACAGCGCUGGCGAGUACGAGAGCAAGGCCGUGGGCGCCCUCAACGGCACUGGCGCUUUUAGCGUGCCCCUGGCCGCCGACCUCCACGGCGCCGACUGCGUCGCGCAGCUCCACAGCGCGUCCUCCAACGCGCCGUGCCCCGGCCAGGAGCCGUCCAAGAUCGUGCCGGUGUCCGAGGGCAGCACCUACGGCGUCGUCGCUGGCGACAACACCGCCACGCCGUCCGCGGCGUCGCCGGAGUGCGCGUUCAUGUCCCUGUGCGGGCCGAUCAAGAAGCACAUCAUGGAGCACUUCCACCACAAGAAGCCCGUGCCGCCCAAGCCAGAGCCCAAGCCCCAGCCCCACCCGGACUACGGCCCCGUGCCCAAACCAGAGCCCAAGCAGCCCCACCCGGACUACCACCCCGUCCCUCCUACGCCCACCUACGGCGGCGGCGGUGGCGGUGGAUACCACGGACACCACUGAGUCCGGUCCACCACCGUCCUAACCAGCGAUGAAAUCUCAUCAGCGGGUUGGUGAUCAGUGAGUGAUAGACCUUGUUAUUUAUGAUCGCUUUGCAUGCGUGGGUACGUUGUUUGGUUUUCUGCCUCGUUUUAGUAUCUGCACUACAGAAUUGAGAGUUCAGAAUAACAGUCAUGUACUACGAGUGUAUCAGGCGAGUGUGAGGGGGUGGUUUGUGUGUUGCUUGCCUUAUCAAGACUUUGUAAUUUCAGUGUGUGUUUUGUAUAACAAGUUAUUAUGAAUGAAUCAAGUAAUUUAAACAA